GGCGGCGGAGCCACGUGGUGGGGCCGGGAAGCCGCGGCCGCCGAGCGCCCGGGCGGCUGCCCCAGCUGGGCAGUGCUGCUCUGCGCCGCGCCGCGCUCGGUGCCCGCGCUCCCCGCUCCGCGCUCCGCGCCAGCCGCCCCGGGGCAGGAGGCGCGCCUGGCGGCCGGCCGGCCAGACAAAGGAGGCGCGGCGCGGCAGAGCCGGCGCGGGCCGACGGACCAUGGACUCGGAGCGCGAGCGGCCGGCCCCAGCCCUGAGGACCCGGCGCCCCCGGGCCCGGCCCUAGGCGCCCGGCCCCGCCGCCCGGGGCGCGCAGCUGGGAGGACGCGGAGCCCGCGCGGCGCGGAGGAGGCGGCGGCCGCCGAGCUAGAGGGGCGCCGCGGCGGACGGCCCGCGCGGCCCCCGGAGCCAUGGGCAAGUGCAGCGGGCGCUGCACGCUCGUCGCCUUCUGCUGCCUGCAGCUGGUCGCUGCGCUGGAGCGGCAGAUCUUUGACUUCCUGGGCUAUCAAUGGGCUCCUAUCUUAGCCAACUUCCUGCACAUCAUGGCAGUCAUCCUGGGCAUCUUUGGCACCGUGCAGUACCGCUCCCGGUACCUCAUUCUGUAUGCAGCCUGGCUGGUGCUCUGGGUUGGCUGGAAUGCAUUUAUCAUCUGCUUCUACCUAGAGGUUGGACAGCUGUCCCAGGACCGGGACUUCAUCAUGACCUUCAACACAUCCCUGCACCGCUCCUGGUGGAUGGAGAAUGGGCCAGGCUGCCUGGUGACACCUGUCCUGAACUCCCGCUUGGCACUGGAAGACCACCAUGUCAUCUCUGUCACCGGCUGCCUGCUUGACUAUCCCUACAUUGAAGCACUCAGCAGUGCCCUGCAGAUCUUCCUGGCUCUGUUUGGCUUCGUGUUCGCCUGCUACGUGAGCAAAGUGUUCCUGGAGGAGGAGGACAGCUUUGACUUCAUCGGUGGCUUUGACUCCUACGGAUACCAGGCGCCCCAGAAGACGUCGCAUUUACAACUGCAGCCUCUGUACACGUCGGGGUAGCUUCUGUCUCGCGCCCAUCCAGUUGCCACGAGCUUGCUGGCUGGACUGACGCCCUGGCGCGAGCUCGGGCCGAAAUAGCAGGCGCGCCCCCUGGCGGCUCGCGAACCGACUGCAGCCUGCUCCGGCUGGGUCUGCGGCGGACUUGGACUUGGCCCUUCCAGCCCGACUCCAGGGGUGGCACGGGCUGGGCGGGGGAGGGGAUCGCGGGGUUUGUAUUUUUUUUAUCUCAGCCUUGGCGUGCGCUGGGGCCUCCCUCCCUUCUCCAGCCGCUCCCUUUCGAAACCCUUCACCCCACUUCCGGUCCCCUGUCCAGGGAGAAAUGGCAUUUGCCCCAUCUCACCACACUCGUUCACCAGCCCUGGGGAGAGUUACUGUGAACUAGAAGCAGGAGUCCUGGGUUCCAGUUGCAGCUCCGUCACCGACUCUCUGUGUGACAUCUGGCAAGGCCCUUCCUUGCCCUCUCUGGGCCUCAGUUUCCCUCAAUUAAAAUAAUCUCUUAGCAGA